AGGAAGCGGAAGUGUUGUAGCUCGGGGAGCGUCCACCCGAGUCGGAGGUGCAGAGCCCUGGACCCUUGCCAUGGAGGGGUCUAACGAGCCGCUGCUGGAUGCUAAGGACAAGCUUGUAGAUUUUCAGUGGAAACUGGGUAUGGCUGUGAGCUCAGACAGUUGCAGAUCACUUAAGUAUCCUUAUGUUGCAGUGAUGCUAAAAGUGGCAGAUCAUUCAGGCCAAGUAAAGACCAAGUCUUUUGAAAUGACAAUUCCACAGUUCCAGAAUUUCUACAGACAGUUCAAGGAAAUUGCUGCAAUUAUUGAAACUGUGUGAAAACUGAUUAUUUGGUUGGUAAAUUGCUACCAUCGCUCUAAAAUCAUGGACUUCACUUUCUGCAAUAUAACUGCAUGAGGAUCAGAUGACUUUUUUAUUGAAAGAAAAUUGUACUUUUAUUUUUCCAUUUUUUCAAUAAUAAAAAAAAUUAGACAAACA